AUGGCCAUAGCCGCCGCCGCCGCCCUUGCUCUGCUUUGCCUCUUGGCUGUCGUCCCCACCGGCCACGGUGCUCUGCAGGUGGGAUUCUAUAAAGGGAAAUGCAACGGCACCGACGUGGAAGCGACCGUCAAGAGGAUCAUCGCCUCCCGCUUUUCUCGUGAUAGAACCAUCGUUCCCAUCCUCCUCCGCCUCCACUUCCACGACUGCUUCGUCAGGGGAUGCGACGCUUCCAUACUUUUGGAUGGGAAAGGUGGGAAGAAAGCCGAGAAGGAUGCAGACCCAAACAAAAGCGUCAAUGGCUACGACGUAAUCGACCAGGUGAAGUCUGCUCUGGAGAGCAAGUGCCCCGGCGUCGUCUCCUGCGCCGAUAUCAUCGCCAUUGCCACCAGAGAUGCUGUCGUCCUGGGCGGUGGGAAACAGUAUACUUAUUCAGUUCAAACGGGGAGGAGGGAUGGCAACGUCUCAGUCGCAUCGGAAGCCGACAGUAAUCUCCCUGGACAUACAUUAUCUGCUUCUCAGGCUAUUGCCAAGUUCAAAACGAAAGGGCUCAAUGCAUCAGACACAGUGCUACUACUUGGGGCUCACACUGUUGGGAUCACUCACUGCUCCUUCGUCCGACCACGCCUCUACAACUACAACAACUCCGGCAAGGCCGAUCCCGCCAUGGACCCCGCCCUCGUCUCCAGGCUCAAGUCCACGUGCCCCUCAUCGAGACCUACCGCCAACAACUUCAUCGUCCUCGAUCAGAGAACACCGUUGACGGUGGACAACAGCUACUACAAGCAGAUCCUAGCGAGGAGAGGCAUCCUCAAGGUGGACCAGAACAUUGCGACCGAUAAGUUGACCAACGCCACCGUCAAGGCGCUGGCCACCGGCUCCAGCUUCCCGACUCUGUUCGGCCGCGCCAUGGUGAGGAUGGGCGCCAUCCAGGUGCUCACCGGGAAACAGGGACAGAUUCGCAAGUCCUGCAGAAUCGUCAACAAAUGAAGCUAGCUUAUAAAUUAUCUGCAUGCGUCUGAUAAUUCUAGCUACAUAUAUAUUUGCUUUUUCAAUCUUUAAUUUUGUAAUGACGUUGCUUAAUUUGUCCAUCUGAUAAU